AUUUUUCAUAUAUUCUAACAAAUAACAAGGCCAGCAGCUGACCCCAAUGCUGGAGAAGUCUAUUACAGGUUACUGACGAGGUUCAUGUUUAAUCAAAGCAAAUACACUCUGGACAGUGUCUUGAGUGAACUCUCUUGCCCAUUGUUGUUGCUGUGGGGUGACUUGGACCCAUAUUGAUAAGAUAAGAUAAGCCUUGAUUUCCUAUUCACAUAUGUUGUCCUAUCUAUGACUGGCAUUUAAGCAACUAUUCACUAUCUCCGCAGAUAGUCGCAACUCUCUGCUUUGCUUACACCCACCGCCCAGUCUGCCCCGUUCAUUUUCAUUUCAACUUGUCUCUGAAAUAUGGCUGAAAAAAGCAAGAUUUUGAUCAUCGGAGGGACUGGAUACAUCGGAAAAUACAUAGUGGAGGCAAGCGCAAAAGCUGGGCACCCCACUUUUGCAUUAGUCAGAGAAAGCACAGCUUCUAAUCCCGAAAAGUCUCAUGUCAUUGAGAGCUUCAAGAGCUCUGGGGCGACACUUGUUUAUGGAGAUAUCUAUCAUCAUGAGAGCUUGGUGAAGGCAAUCAAGCAAGUCGAUAUAGUGAUAUCUGCAGUUGGGUCACAGCAGAUAGCUGAUCAGGUGAAGAUUAUUGCUGCCAUCAAAGAAGCUGGAAAUAUUAAGAGAUUCCUCCCAUCCGAGUUUGGAGUGGAUGUGGAUCGUGUCCAUGCUGCAGUGGAGCCAGUUGCUAGCUUUUUCGGGCUCAAGGCUAACAUCAGGAGAUCAAUUGAAGCUGAAGGAGUUCCAUAUACCACCAUCGUUUCUUAUGGCUUUGCUGGCUACCUUUUGCCUCACAUUGGACAGACAGGUGCCACAGCUCCUCCUAGAGAUAAAGUAGUAAUACUUGGAGAUGGAAAUCCCAAAGCAAUUUUUGUCAAGGAAGAAGAUAUUGCAACUUAUACUAUAAAAGCAGCGGAUGAUCCUAGAACCUUGAACAAGAUUCUCUAUCUGAGACCCCCUGCCAACAUUUUGUCUUUUAAUGAGAUUGUCCUCCUGUGGGAGAAAAAGAUUGGCAAGACCCUCGAGAAGAUUUAUGUUCCAGAGGAUCACCUUCUUAAGAAAAUCCAGGAAUCUCCCUACCCCGAUAACUUCCAUAUGUCCAUGGGUCACUCCGUGUUUGUGAAGGGAUCAGGUGGAAACUUUGAGAGUGACACUUCUGUUGGCGUGAAGUCUUCUGAGCUUUAUCCAGAGGUGAAAUACACCACUUUGGAUGAAUUCCUGGAUCAAUUCCUCUAAAACUUGGGCCACUCGAUCGUUUGUCGCAACAUGUUAUUUCUUGCCAUUGUCUAUGUCGCAUUUGCUACUUGUGGUUUGCUCUUAAUUAGGUUAUUUUGUAGCUUGCAAUAGAACAUGUUAAUCUUUUAGCGUUUAAAAUCAAAUUUUCUUUUGCUUUUGUUGAUGGGAGAACCAUAAAAAGUUUCUGUUGAUUUCUGUUUAUUGCUACUUUAAUGUUAUGUGUUGAUAAAGUUGGAGGAUAUAGGACUAUGAAAUUGAACCAGCUUAAA